UAACCUGACAGUUACAGACCUCCGGCGACAUGAGAGGUGCCCAUGUUUUCCUGCUGAUGGGCCUGUCCCUCACCCUCCUCGCUGCUCACAGUGAGGCACUGAAGUGUUAUACCUGCAUGGGCUCUACAGAUGAAGACUGCAAUCGCCAAGGCUCCAAGACCUGUCCGAGCUACUCAGAUGCAUGUGCCAUUGUCCGAGGACAUGGCAAUGGUGUAAUGAAGUCAUGCUCUUACAAAUCCUUCUGCAGCCAGGCCAACAGUCAAGGCUACAGAGCUCCAGGGGUAAAAGUUCAUUGCUGCUACUCUGAUGACUGCAAUGUGGCUGGACACGCCACUAGAAUCAGCACAGGCAUCAGCUUCCUUCUGGGGCUUCUCUUAUGCGUCUGGCAUUUGCUGUCAAACUAAUGUUGCCCUCGACAAACUGAGCCGGUUAUUAAACUUCAUUACCACUGUGCAACUUGACAGAACUCUGUAUACUGUGUGAUUGAUGCCAUACGUACCGAUAAAGUGAAUCGUACCAUAGUGCAAAUGUCAGCAAGUGUACUGUCAUGGGAUUGUGCAUACA